AUGUUCCUCGACAUCAUCCCCUUCACCGCUCACCUGAUCAACCUGCCAUUCCUCCAGAGACUCCUCUGGACUUUCGGCCCGGCCAUUCUCGGACUUUUCGUCCUACGCACCAUCUACUACCUGACUCUUCAUCCCCUGGCGGGAUACCCGGGCCCCUUACUCGCGCGCAUCACUACCAUCCCAUGGCUCUGGCACCGCGCCAACGGUACCAACCACAGCUGGCCUCUGCUCCUCCACAAACAGUACGGCCACGUUGUGCGCAUCGGCCCGAAUGAGCUGAGCUACAGCCAUCCUGAUGCCUGGCACGACAUCUACGCCAAGGCGGGCGGAGGUGGCGAUAUGCCAAAGGACUAUGUCGGACUGGGGCCGGACAUGGCGGCGCCCGAGAAGGGCAUCGUGCGGGCCGAGAACGAUGCCGACCAUCAGCGGCAGCGACGUCUAUUCUCGCACGCCUUUUCCGAUCGUGCCGUGCUCAAGCAGGAGAGUCUCGUACAGGACCAUGUGCGCAACUUGAUGGGCAAGCUGGCCGAUGAGAACGCGGAGCCUGCUUUAGCUUCUGCUUCUUCUGCCCAUGCUGAUGGCCGUGUCGACCUCAUGACAUGGUUGAGCUACCUCGCCUUUGACAUUAUGGGCGACCUCAUGUACGGCGAGCCGCUUGGCAUGCUCGAGAGUGACCAGUCGGCGCGCCAGUGGGUUCGCGACACGUACUCAACCAUCAAGACAGUCACGCUCGGCAUGACUAUGAUGGGCUGGCACUCACCUCUAGGGCCCUUGCUCCUGAAGCUCAUCUGGGGCGGUAGCGGCGAGCGCCGCGCCCGACACAACCGCUUCUCAACGGACCGUGUCGACAAGCGCCUGGACCGCGGUGACGACUCUGGCAGCGACAUCUGGUCCAUGAUUAUGCAGAACAGCGGCAGCGACAAGAAGCCAGGCAUCUCGCGCGCUGAGAUGUACUCCAACGCUGCGACUUUCAUGAUUGGCGGCACUGAGACCACCACAGCCGCCACCUCGGCCCUGACUUAUCUGCUUCUCACACACCCGUCUAAGAUGGCCACGUUGCGCGCGGAGCUUGAUGCCGUCAUUGAUGAUCCGCAGGAGGACUUGACUUUUACUCGAUUGCGGAAGCUGCCCUACCUCAACGCGUGUAUCGAGGAGGCCAUGCGGGUGUACCCGCCGGCGCCGACGCCGAUGCCGCGGAUGGUCCCUCCCGGAGGCCGUAUCGUCUUCGGCCGCCAUGUUCCAGCGGGUACGCGCGUGGACAUCCCACUAUAUGCGAUUGCGCAUCAUCCGGACAACUUUGUUGAUCCUGAGGAGUUCGUGCCUGAGCGAUGGUUGGAGGGCAGCGACCGGCCGGCGAAAUAUGCUGGUGAUCGGAGGGAUUGUGUCAAGGUAUUUUCAGCGGGGCCGCGAGACUGUAUUGGCAAGAACCUUGCGUACCCCGAGAUGAGGCUUAUUAUUGCUAGUCUACUGUACAGAUUUGACCUUGAACUGGCUGACCCUAAUUUUGACUGGUUAGACCAAAAGAGCUAUGGCAUUUGGGAUAAGCACCCUCUCUGGGUCAAGUUGGUGCCGCGCAAACAUGAACAGGCCUUGUAA